AUGUCGCCCACCGCCACGGCCUCCGCCUCCGCCUCCGCCUCCGCCAUCAUCGCCCAGACGUCCAGCGGGUACCACCACCUCAAGAUCCACGGCUACUCAAGCCUCACGGCCCUCCCCGUCGGCCAUCGCCUCAGCUCCUGCCCUUUCACCGUCGGGGGCCAUCUCUGGAGGAUCGACUACUACCCCAACGGCGACCGCGAGGAGAGCGCGGGCCACAUCUCCGUCUACCUCGUCCUCCACGACAACGUCACCAACAAUGUCACGGCGCAGUUCCGAUUUGGUUUCGAGAACAACAAGAAGCGCGCGCUCUUCUUCCUCAACAACAACAACAACAAGGUCAAGCCACCGCCGCCCGCAACACCUGCGUACAGCUUCGCCAGCCAGGGUGCUCUGGGCUACCCAAAGUUCGUGCACCUCGGCGCCUUGGAGAAUUCCAAGUUUCUCAAGAACGAUUCCUUCACGAUCAGGUGCGACGUCGUCGUCAUCCACAGGGUCCGCGUCGAGGGCAAGGGGAGCGCCGACAAAAAAGAGGCUCCCGAGUUCGUCAAGGUGCCCCCGCCCGACCUGAACCGCCACCUCGCCGGCCUCCUCCUCGCCGAAAGGGGCGCCGACGUCGUGUUCGAGGCCGGCGGCGAGACCUUCGCCGCGCACCGCUGCGUGCUCGCGGCACGGUCACCGGUCUUCAGCGCGGAGCUCUUCGGCUCGAUGAAGGAGGGCAACACCGCCAACGGCUCCGGCUCGGUCGUCCGCGUACACGACAUGGAGGCGCAGGUAUUCAAGGCCCUGCUCUGCUUCGUCUACACCGACUCGUUGCCGGAGAUGGAAAAGGAGGAGGAAGAUGUCAUGUGCCAGCACCUGCUUGUCGCGGCGGACAAGUACGCCAUGGAGAGGAUGAAGCUGGUUUGUGAAGACAGGCUCUGCAAGUACAUCAAUGUCAGCACCGUGGCCAACAUCCUCGCAUUGGCUGAACUGCACAACUGCGCUGGGCUCAAGAGUGCGUGCCUCCAUUUUCUCACCUCUCCAGGGAAUCUCAGGGCAGCCAUGGACAGCGAUGGCUUCCACCAUCUAGCCACAACCUGCCCCUCGCUCCUCAAAGAGCUCAUCACCAUGUCAGCUCCAAACUAG